AUGGGAAAUUUAUGUGAUUAUGACUUAUUCAAUGAACUGUUUGCCUUGUUGUACUAAUCUGUUAUAUAUUUUUAGGGUGGUUAGUCAAGGGAAUGGGUGGAGCUAUGGAUCUGGUGUCCAGUCACAAAACUAAGGUUAUUGUUACAAUGGAGCACCAGGACAAGAAAGGAAACAGUAAGAUAGUCAACAGCUGUGAUUUGCCACUGACGGGUAAAAACUGUGUGGAUAUGAUCAUCACAGACAAGUGUGUGUUUGACGUGGACUCACAGAAGGGACUAAUUUUAACGGAGAUUGUAGAAAACGAAGAUGCCGCCAGCAUUGUUGGUGCCACCAACUGUGAAUUUGUAGUUGCUCCAGAUGUUAAAGUAAUGGGGCAGAUUCAGACAUAGAUAAUGGGGAGACAACUCACUGCUGGUCUCGUCAAUGUGUGUGUCUGAUAUGUGAUAUGUAGACUUAUAAACAGGGUGGCAUGAUGAGAGCUAUAGACCUUAACACUGGAGUAGAGGUCAAAGGUCAAAACACUCAACUCUUUGUGAUCUGAGCCUCAUGUAAUAAUUGUGAGACAAAUAUGUUUAUGUUUCAUUAUGUAUUGUAGGGAUAAAUUAACCUUGCUCUCAUCUACUUGGCAAAAGUGAUAUUUCACAGAAGAAGACAAUUUUUUUUUGUAUACAUGAUUUUAAUCAUAGUCAACUAAGGUAUUGCAUAAUAAAUAAAAAUUUUCUGAGUUUCUGUGCUCUUCACAAACAAAUAUCUACUUGAACGGCUUCAAAACAUUGUUUCAUUAGUCGUUUCUCUGCUUAAUUAAGGAUGUACAAUGUGU